GUCCAGUCGGUGGUCCGAUACUCUUUAAAUCGACAUCGUGAGGCUAUUGCAAGCAAAAACUCGGCCCUUGAGCUACCAAAAAUGGCUGCAAUUCCUGGGUCAACCGGGGGUCCGUCCAUGGAUCCCUUUAACAAGCUUCAUUCCGACACCGGUUCGUUGUUGCAUGAAGCAGAAUCGAAGCCCGAAUACCAAAAAGAACAAGAUGAAGCCAAGCAACGGCGUCUGGCUCAGGUGAUUGGUGACCAGCAACUGGCGCCCAUGACGAUCAACGAGCUUCGAAUCCACGGUGCGGUCAACACACGAACAAACUUCCUCGAUCCCAUUUUCCAACCCCUCAUUACCGAUGCCUCGAACGCAAGCUCGACUGUUGGCGAUGUCAUCAACAGUCUUCGUAUCGCAAGUAACAAGCUUGAUGGUCUACAAAUAUUCCAACCUCAACCCGAAGUCUACCUGACCUCUGCCCAACAGACCGAUCCCUCUACCUCCCCCACCGAUGUGAACGUUGAUAUCCGAGUUAAGGAACUGUCUCGAUUCAAGCUCCAAACUGGUACCGAUGUCGGCAAUGGAGAGGGUUCAGCUUAUGGUUCGCUAUUAUGGCGAAACAUGUUUGGUGGUGCUGAGAUGUUGACGCUUAAUGCAAAGGCUGGCACACGUACACGCUCAGCUUAUAGCGCCACCCUUACCGCACCUGUCAAGAGUAACCCCGACAUGAGGUUAUCGCUUGAGGGUGUGGCCUCAGCUGCCGAAAAACCAUGGGCUUCUCAUGAGGAGGUGCUCAAAGGCGGUACACUGCGAUUUUCGUGGCUUAAUCAACAACGCGACACACAGUCCGUUGAGUAUUCAGGCAUCUGGAGGCAGAUUACUGGUUUGGCCGAAAACGCCAGUCCAACAGUCCGUGCAGAUGCUGGUGACUCUAUCAAGAGCUCUGUCAAACACACAUUCUACAGGGAAAGGCGUGAUAACCCCCAGCUUCCUCAGAGCGGGUACAUGCUCCGAUCUGGACUUGAAGUAGCUGGUCUUGGUCCUCUUGCUGGUGAUGUUGCCUUUUCCAAGGGCGAGGUCGAAGUCGGCGGUGCCAUCCCAAUUCCUUUGCCAGGCAUUCGUGAGCGAACAGGAAUCUCCAUUGGUGGUGGAUUGAGACUUGGUUUGCUUUGCCCGUUGCCUCUUGGUUAUGAGUUUGCUGGAAAACUUCGACCUACUCGAAUCAACGAUCGCUUCCAACUUGGAGGACCAACAGAUGUUCGAGGUUUCAAGCUCGGAGGUCUUGGUCCACAUGAUGGUUCUGAUUCUGUCGGGGGCGACGUCUUUGCUGCUGGUAGUGUCAACAUGCUUCUUCCAGUUCCUUACAAGGGACCCGAUUCCGGUCUACGAUUCCAGCUCUUUGCUAAUGGUGGUCGUCUCGUUGCUCUCAAGGACAGCAAGAAGUCCUCCAGCAGUGGUUCCACGCAGGAGCUGUCCGGAACAGCUGUCCGAAAUGGGAUGGUGAACGCAGUUGGUGAGCUCUUCAACGGUGUUCCCAGUGUUGCGGCCGGUGUUGGUCUUGUGUAUGCUCAUCCUGUUGCCCGCUUCGAGCUCAAUUUCAGUCUGCCUUUGGCUCUCAGGAAAGGAGAGGCUUCAACGAAGGGGCUGCAGGUCGGCGUGGGAAUCAACUUUCUGUAAAAAAAGCAUAGAUAUCCUUAUGACGAAAUACCACUCUCAUGUUUCAAUUCUGCA